UUCACAUUUAAGUCAAUCGACAUGUUCGCUCGUUUUAUACUCCCAUGGGGCCGCUCCUCGUUAUCGGGGGCAGUUUCCCGGCCGUCAAUGUUUUUGAGAACACGAUGUUUUCAGACUGGGGCAAGGUGCUUCUCUCGGAAUUCCGUCCUGCGGGAGGAGAGCGCUUCCGCAGCGCCGUUUAAAACAAAACCAUCGGAAGAGCGGAAUACGUCUGCGAUGUACUACAUGAUCAGUCUUAUGCUCGGAACCGUUGGCCUUGCGUAUGGUUCCGUUCCUCUCUAUAAGAUGAUCUGCCAACAAACUGGCUGGGGUGGUCAACCAGUCCUCACUCACCGCGGCGGAGACAACGAUACCUCAGCUCGCGUAAUUCCCGUUACCGACUCCAGACGACUGCGCAUUACGUUCAACGGCUCCGUUUCAGAUGUCCUACCUUGGAAAUUCACACCGCAGCAGCGUGAAGUACGAGUUCUACCUGGAGAGACUGCUCUUGCCUUCUACACGGCCACUAACAAGGGCCCGGCGGAUAUUAUCGGUAUCGCGACGUACAGUGUGACGCCUGGUCAAGUUGCUCCGUAUUUCAGCAAAAUUCAGUGUUUCUGUUUUGAGGAGCAGAAGCUGAAUGCUGGGGAAGCGGUUGAUAUGCCGGUUUUCUUCUUCAUUGAUCCGGAUUUUGCGAAGGAUCCUGCAAUGAAGGGCAUUGAUACUAUUACGCUGUCUUAUACAUUUUUCAAGGCACGAUAUGAUGAUAAUGGUGUUCUGAAGCCGAUUCAAAAUUAAGGCUAAUUGGCGAAUGAUUUACGACUACUUUGGCUCAUCUCGCAUGCAAGAUGAUUUGAUCUCUGGUCUGCCGGACCCACCACACAUCGAAAGAUUGAUUCAGUGAAACUUUUAAUCUAUCGAGGGGCAUAUUCUCUGGCAUGCCGGCGUUUGUCAUUUUAACCACGGCAUGGAGAUCUACAGAUAGAAUCUUCAUUCUUUGACCUUAUGCCAUGAACAAAAGCAACUUCCCCUCUCUUUCAAGAGACUUGAAUGCAUCAUGAAUAUACCUCUAGACCUCUGGAUGCUCGAGAGGAUUGUGUACUAUAUUUUUAUGUAUAUAUACACCUAUACGAAAAUGAAUUUUUGGACUCUUGCGCGUGC